UGUCAUUUCCAUAGUCAUUUUUAGCUGGCCUUGAAAGCCAUUAUUUGGGGUCGAGUUAAAGAAACAAGAUGUUGUCUCUUCAUACUAUCCUUCUGUGUUCAUUAACAUUGCAAAUCUCAGCUGAUCUAUUGUCAGAACAUUCCUUCUUCGCUCCUCUGGAUGAAGAUCAAAAUGUAAAACUGUACUGGAACGUAAGCAUUGAAAGUAAAGAAAUAUUUUUCACCGUGGAAGCAAACACAACUGGAUGGAUAGGGUUUGGAAUCUCUAGUGGACAGGGAAAGAUGAAGGGAGCUGAUAUUGUAAUCGGUUGGGUAAAGGACGGUAAAUCAUAUUUCCAGGUUAGUUUGAAACGAAUUAGUUAAUUUUGUUUCUUAGUUAUGUAAAUUCCGAAACUUAUUAAAGGCUCUCUUUUAAGGAUUUGCGAUUUUUUCCAUUUCUUUUUGUAAAUAUUACAUAAAUGUAUUAUUUGUAGCGCGUUUAGUGCAUAACAAGACGGAUCGUCAGCAAAAAAGCCGCUGUAAGUUGAAUCGUGGAUUAUAUUAGAUGUGGACAUUGCAUUGUAACGUUUUCAACCAAGGCAAUUGUCAGAAAUGCUAAUUAAAAACAACAACUCACGCAUACAAUGUUUACGUUGUGGAUAUACCGCACAUCAAAACAUGUAAUAAAGCGACUUGUUAAGAUGAAUUCAAGAGAUAUGCCUAACAGAAAUUUUGGCCGAAGCAUCGACUAUUUGACGUUUUCGAAAGAAGCAACGAGAGAACAGGAACUUGCGAAACAUCAGUAUUGGUCCAUGUUUUAAUAAGAAAUGACAACUCAAGCAUAACAAUGUUUCCACUUUGGAUAUACCGCACAUCAAAACAUAUAAUAAAGCGGCUUGUUAAGAUAAAUUCAAGAGGUAUGCCUGACAGAAAUUUUGGCCGAAGCACCUUAUUGUAUCGACUAUUUGACGUUUUUGUAAAAAGCAACAAGAGAACAGGUCGGAACUUGCAAAACAUUAUUAUUGAUUCAUAAUGUUACAAAUAUGACGCAGGUAGCAGCUGAGUAUAGGUGAACUCAACAGACCAGUUACAGUAAAUUAGGUACUGUCAGAGGUUGUUAAUGAAAAAUUAAAAAGGAAAGACUGAUAAAAGUGUUUCACUCAAUUCAGCCGGAGGGCAAAACGGACCACAAGGAAAUUUGCAUGGAGCUAGCUGUUUCAGUCCUUUUGUUAGCAGGAAGCAUAAUUUACAACUUAGAACAAAGAACACUGACGCAGAAUGACUUGCAAAUAUCGAUUUGAUAUCGAGGUUGCAAAAAAUUCAUUUACGGAAAAAGAGGCUUAAAUCCCUAGAAAAUAAGUAUUGAACUUGUUAAAUGAGCCUCAAAAUUUGGAUAACUUAAAACUUCGAAACUUCUCAAUAGCAUUUCAAACAAGGAGUUAAAGAAAGCUCAUAAAACAACUUACUUAACUCGGUUAUAGCGGGUUUCGCCCAUAACGAGUUUCGCACAUAUCGUUUCGCCCAGAACGAGAAUGGUUUCGCCCAGAACAAUAAAGGUUUCGCCCAUAAGUAAAACUUCUACACUCUCACUCGGAAAACGUCAACCUUAUAAACGUUUGUAUGCACAGAAUGAAGAAAAGUGACUUGACCUGAGAUCAUGAAAUUUUGAAACGAACAAGUUACUGUUGAAACGAACAAGUCAAUUAUAGCUUUCACUGUGGAGCGGGGAUUGUUAAGGUAAUUCGCGCACGAAAUACUGCAGAGACGUCCGUUUGUCGUAAAAGCAUUGCUAUGAUUUUUUUGCAUCACUUUUCUUCUCGAGAAUUAAAUUAAACGCUUUUGAAAACACUUGCGCGUGGAACAUAUCAUCGUUGCAAAUCUUUUGUACACGGAAGAUAAGUUCCGCACGCCAGCUUAUGAAUACAUGUGAAUACGGUUUCGUGAAUACUAAAACAAAGGAAUCGAGAGUUAAAGAUUGUAUUUCUGACAUAGGUAACGGCAACAUAUAAUUGGAAAAGAGAUAGAAACUAGUCAAGGACAGAAGCACGUGGUAUGUCAUCUUACGUGCGCAAUUUCGCAUUUGAAGAGUUAUUUUGUAGACCACUUGAGGAGGACGCCAUACUGCAAUAAAUAAACGCCACGCAUCGAGGUCUGUCCGACCUCGUUUUCGUGCUAGUAUUCCCAGGCCCCGCGCUACGUCCGCCAUUACGAAAGUCGUGUAUGAACAUUGUAUGAACAGAAAACAAAAGCCCGGUUACCGGGCUCAUCUAAAGCAUAUGUCUAAAGAGGCCCUUAGCCUGCAUAAUCACUGACUGUCAGUCUGGGCGAAUCGAAUUUAUGCCUGGGCGAAACCAUUCUCGUUAUGGGCGAAACGCUUCUUGGGCGAAACUCGUUAUGGGCGAAACCCGCGGAUACCCUUAACUCCGUCAAAACAGACAACAAAAGUAUGGGAAAAAUGACCACGUCAGUUCUCCAAUGUCGAAGUUAGAGUUCUUUGACGUGAUUGGCUGAUUUGUGAAAUCACGCGAGCCGCACGUGAAUACAAAAAUACAAAGGGGGAGGGGAGGGGAAGAGAAAAAUUGCAAUUUGAAAUUUAAAAACGAAAGAAAUAUUUCCCGUACGGCCCUCCCACUAAGUCGAUAAGUAUUUUAUCAUUUAACAGCUAUGUGUUAAACAUUUCGAAAAUUUGUUUUUGAGGUUGCUUUUCUUUCACUCUCAAAUAAUUUACGAUAAAGAACACAUUACGAGAAGUCUCAGUAAACCUGUCCAAAAAUUCGCAAAACGAGUCUUGUGCUUGUGAUUGUUCUUAUCUAGUUUUGACCAGCCUGGUGAUUCUUACAUUAUGUUAAUUUUUUUUUUUCGGUAGGAUCGACAUUCUAAUGGUUACUCAGUUCCAGAGCUGGAUAUCCAACAGAAUUAUAAAUUGAUUUCACUUGAAGAGAGAAACGGAAAAACUGUUAUGAGUUUCAAAAGAAUGUUUGACACGUGUGAUCCACAGGACAACAAGAUUGAGGUUCGAAGUAUAUGACAUUAGAAUUAUUUCGUUUUUACUCAUUUACCUAUUCAUUAGCUAUUUUUUUCUCGUCAUUAAUGUAAUGAAGGGGGAAAUCUUUUGAAAAAAAAAAGGAAUUGCAUAUGGAUUGAGCUUUUGCAUACCAAUUUCAUGAUCAAUGGCCCACUUUAUUAAAUGCGUGGUAUACGAUCUCAUAUUAAAUAUGAAAGCGUUCAACUCUAAGCCAAAAAGUGUCUUGAGGAAAAUAAAUAUAGACCAUGGUAAUACCAUUUUCCUCAGUCUAUUGUACAGUUCUUUAGAAUAAUCGAAAGAACUGUCAUCGAUUCGUCUAAGUAAGUAAAAACGAACCUUCACAGAAGAAACUGGUUAGCUAACAUUCUCUCUACGAUCCAGGCUGGAACUACAAAAGUGAUUUAUGCUUACCACAUGGAUGACCCAACCUCAGAAGAAGAAAUAGCCCCGCACAAGAUAGGACACAAGGGAUCAAGGAGUCUGUUGUUGCUAAACAGCCUUGAAACAAUACCGACCUUACCACCAGAUACUGAGACAUUCGAUAUACGACAUAACGAGGUAAGAACCGUAAACGCUAGUAUACGCCCCCAGUCCAGAGCUAUACGUUUCUAGAGGCUUAUAAACUCCACUCCCUUAGAAAUGAUAUGAAGCGAAAGAAAAACACAAAUUUUAUGAAUGAGUGAACGCAGAGGAAAGAUGGGACAACCGUUGGCAAAAAUGAAGGUUACUUGAAUGAGAUAUAAAUGAAUAAAUGAAUGAAUAAAUUAAAUAGUUAAUUAAUUAAUAGAAGAAUAAAUAAAUUAAAUAAUUAAUUAAUUAAUAGAAGAAUAAAUGAAUGAAUGAAUGAAUAAAUAAAUGAAUAAAUGAAUGAAUGAAUAAAUGAGUGAAUGAAUUAAUUAAAAGAAAAUAUAAAUAAGUGAAUAAAUGAAUGAAUUGGUAAAUAGAAGAAUAAAUAAAUUAAUAAUGAAGGAAUAAAUUGAUAAAUAAAUAAAUGAAUGACUGAAUAAAUAAAUGAAAACAUUUAUAGAUGAAUGAAUGAAUAAACUAAUAGAUUAAUAAAUGAACAAAUAAAUGAAUGAAUAAAUUAAUAAAUUAAUAAAUAAAUGAAUGGAUGGAUGGAUGGGUGAAUGGAACGAUGGAUAAAUGGAUGAAUGUAGGAGUGCAUGGAUUAAAGAUGGAUCGAUGGAUAAAUUAACACUGUAGGAACAAAGGACGUGCAAAGAAAUAUGCUUAUGCCUAAUAUGCUAAAGUCAAGUGAUCAAUUUGUGCUGGUUGUGAUGACUCAGGUUUCUUUUAAUUUUCACUUUGAUAUAUUAUCUUCAUUUCAGACCGCUGUUCCAACUGUCCGAACGAGCUACAUAUGCAGAGCAUUUGAGAUUCCAAAAGUUAACGAAACGCAUCACAUUGUUAUGGUAAGAUAUAUUGAACUCAAAUAACACACUUAGCAUUCGCUCCACGGGAAAAUUGUUAGCUAUACAGUAUUGUUGUUAUUUGAAAUGUGGUUAUUUAAAUUUUUUGUUUUCUGCCUACCUCUUGUUCUGACUUUCUCUGACCGUCUUCGUUUCCUUUUCGUUGUUUAUCUCCCACCUUUCCGAAGAUUUAUUUUGUCCGGCUUUCUUUUUCUCAUUGCUCUAGCUCACGUUCUUGUCAAUUAUCAAACAUAUUCCAUUUCUGUCAAUACCAUACUAUCUAUCGAACAAUAUUCGAUUGUACUGCGAGACCAUACCAAAGUUCGAUCAACGUGCAUAUUCCUAGCCAUGUUCAAUGACACAUGAAUACUGCACGAGUAAUGUCAAGCCACUGCGUUGCUCCAGUCAGAUAAAUACAGAAACAUAUAACAAUUUCGACAAAAUAGGUACAGUAUACGUUUGCUGUACGAAAACGAGUGAAAGGAUAUUGGGGCGAACUGGUGAAGGUGGGGACGAUCUUGUUUUCCUCCAAGGGGCGAACUCACAAUGAGGCGAAACUUCCAUGUACUCUUUUUUUCUGCAUUCUCUACAUCCUCUUUCUUUUUCAUAAUCAUCUCCUGCCUUUCCAGUAAAAUUUUAAUUUUUUAAUUUGCAUCUAGGUAGAGCCAGUAAUUCAAGCGGGUCAUGAGGGCAUCGUACAUCACAUGUUAUUGUACGAGUGUAGCGAUCACUACCCAACACAUCUCUUGAAUUAUACCGGCGCGUGUUAUAGCUCUAACAUGCCUCCCCCUGGGAGAGAGUGCGUAGGAGUAUCAACAAUUGCUGCAUGGGCUAUUGGUGGAAAGGUGAGUUAAGUGAUGAUUUUUUUGAAAGCGCAGCUAAAUAUGUGUACUGAAGACAUCAAGCAUUCUCUUAGAAGGAAAGAAGAGAAUGGAUUCAAAAUUUCAAGCAUAGGGAAUGGGUAUUUUUAGCUCCAGGGAUCUUAAAUCCAAGCCCUGUCAGGAAUUUCAUACCUCUUCAGGCCAAUAAAAGGAGUUUUUCCAGUAUUAUUUGUGAAUAAAGAUUCAGGUCAUUAACCAUCUAUUCGACUCAAUAAGUUUUAAUUGCAUCUUUCAGGAAUUUUAUUAUCCCGAGAAUGCUGGAUUUCCGAUAGGAAAAGCUGACAGCCCUAAAGUCGUCAUGUUAGAAAUACAUUAUGACAAUCCUGAGAAAAAAGAAGGUAAUCAUAUGAUGAUAAAAUAACACCAAAGUGCCCCAUCAAACCAGAGCUUCACCCAGUUUCUACUCCUUCUGAGCGAGAACCCAGUCUUCCUCAACUUACCCUCUCCCCCUCCCUCCCCCCCUCGCUCUCAUUCCCCCCCGGCCUAAGAUUUUUAUUUAAUAUUCCUGGGUGUGGAGAGAGGCGAGAUAAGUUUCUUGUCCAAGAAUACAACGCAGUGACCCAGUCAGGUCUUAAUUCAAGUCCUCUCGACCCGGAGUUCAGCACGCUAUUCGUUGGGCCACUGCGUCUGGCAAAAAGUUUCAAACAGAGUAGAAAAUACUAAUCAUGCUAAAUCCACCGUGCACUCUCUACAAAUUUUUAGCUGUUAAUGCUGCGAUGCCGGUUAUACAGGCUUCACGAACAUUCAUCUUUCACAGCGAAAUAAGGAACAUAAAUUUCAUCGGAUUUAUGUUAAAAAAGGGUUGAAGCCAUAACUUGAAGAUGAUGUUUGUGGCUCCGAAACGCGGUGUUACAAAAUAAGAACUGAAUUGAUCGAUUUCUGAUUGGUUCAAUUAAGGACUGAAUGACAGCUCUGGCCUAAGGUUCUACCACACAAAGCAACUCAGACAGUAUGAUGCAGGGGUGCUGAUGGUUGGAGAAGGGGUUUCAAGGUACAUGAUUAUCCCGCCAAAACAGAAUGCUUGGCAGUCGGAUGGUUUCUGCCUCAAAGAGUGCCUGAAGGAGGUGGGUGAAUUUUAUCGGCCGUUUUUUAAGGAAUUUCGAAAAAAUCGGUGAAGUUGUUUUUCAAAUAAGUGUCAAAAGUAAUCAUAUAUUACAUGAUUCUUCGUCUCUGUGCUUUGCAUUGGACAAAAUCUGGUUAUUCUCUAACCAAAUUGGACUACAGUUACAGCACGGUCGCUCAUAUUUCCGAUUAUUAAUCUAGAUAAUUUGUAUUUAAGUUAAUACUUUCCUUUUUUUAUCGAUCGAUAUGACUUCUCCUUGGUUUUAGCGUUUACAGUACUUAAUCGAAUCGUGCUGUUUUUCUAACAAAUUUAAUUUACUUUCGUUAAAGAAUUCAUUUCAUGCGACAUUUUCCUAACGUUGUGUAUUACCCUUAGGGAAUGAAAGACUCCAAACUGCCAAAAGGAGGAAUAAAUGUCUUUGCUGUUUUGAUGCAUACGCAUCUGGCGGGUAAUCUUGUAAACUGAGCCUUUACACAUAACGUUUACUCAUUAAAGUAAUUUAGAUCAUUACAGACCACAACAAGGAGCCUUUUUCUUUGUCAUUCAGUUCGCUCCAAGUAAAUGAAUCUUAUAUCAGUUAGAAAAAUUGCUGGGGUGUUUUAGUCCUCAUUAGAGUAAUUUUUUUACUUGCACGGUAAUCUACUUUGAAUUGCUGGGAUUUCUAGACAGCCACCUUGUGUUCAGUGCAUUUCGAACUGAUUCUGAAACUCGCGCGUGAAGUUAUAGCCUUUGUGUAUGAAAUAAAUGCCAGGAAACUCAAAUGUUGAUGAAGGCAAAGAAUUCAAAGUUGUCUUUUUACCUCCGGGUUUGGUAUUUUACACUUUCUAAAGAGAGUACACUUGUCUUUUUUCACGCGGCUUCCUGUUGUAAUUCUUCCUUCGUCCUUUUUCAUGCCUUUGCUGUUUAGGCCGCAAAACCUGGGUUCGUCACGUGAGAGAUGAUGUGGAGUUACGAGAAAUAGCUCGAGAUGAUCAUUAUGAUUUUAACUUUCAGGUAUUGUUAUAGUUUGAUAUUGGAUUCCUUUCUCUCUCUUUUUAGAGGUGUCCUUGCUUUAAAACAUCGAUUCUUUUCGAUUUUUUCGUUUCGGUUCGUUUCUUUUCCUUCUUUUGUGUCAGCAAGAUUUCUAUUCAACAGCCCCAAACUAGUCAAUUAUUUGUACAUAAUAAGCUGUAUCUAAAUAAAAAUAAUAUCCAAACGUGGUAUUAUCUCAUUAUUACAGUCGUAACAAAGAAAAUAUGAAUUUCUCAUGAAAUUUAUUUUCAUUUUGGUUGAUUUAUUUCCUUUUAAUCAUUAUCACAGGAGUAUCACUCAUUGAGGAAGGAGGUUCACAUUGCUUCGGUAAGAAUAUUAGGACCUGCAUCUCACCAGCUGUUUUUAUUGCCGAGGGAAUCACUAAAGUAAAUUUAGAGUGAUAAAUCAGCUGAGAGAGGAGCACUGUGCUCCACGGAGUACUCGAAAAUGGGCUUUGUGCUUCAAGAGAGGUUAAUUUUGAAAUUACGAGUACGUUUAUCCUUGAGUUGUACCAAAGAAAGUCAACUGAUUGUGAAAUAAAUAAAAAAAAAUUACAAAAGACGCGGAAUUAGGAAAGAUUGAUGGCAUUCUAUGAUUCUUAUAUCUCUUCUUUAAAGCUAGGUUUGUCCCUGAAUUUUUGCUGCAUUUAGUAUCUCGCUUUCCAAGCUUCCCAAAUCACUAAUUUGGUUGCUUGCCACGGAAACCAUUAUCUAUUUAAUUUUCGUCCCUUUUCGUUUCAAGUGGAAGGCAAAAACCUUUUCACUCCAAGUAUUUUCUCAAUUUUGACCGGUUGACAAUGACUGACUGGUAGAUGAAUCUGAUUGGAUAGUAUUACUUGCUAUUUUUAAAAUCGAAAUUUCUUUUAGUUGCUUAAGAACUGUGCGAUUUCGCUUGCUUGAGAAAGAACAACUUGAAAUGGGAAAUUGAAUUGCAUCGAUACUAUAUAUUUCACCAUUAAAACAGAUUUUCCAUUUAUUUUCCUGACAGGGAGAUUCGUUGAUUAAUGUUUGCAUUUAUAACACUGAGGACCGACAGACAAAAACAGUGGUGAGUGAUCAUAAGCUGGAGAAACACAAAGAAAGCGCCCAUACAAAGGACUUCAGUAACUAAAGUUACUGAAGUUACCGCUGACCAAUGAAGAGCUUUGGGCAAUUGUCAUUUCAUAGAGACAGCAUCUCAGUUAAUACGAACAGACCAGGUGUAACUAAAUAUCAGCUGCAUGGAUUCCUGCGAAGUGUCUCGUCUACCCAGCGUAGAUUUUCUGAGAAGCUAAUUUUAAAAACGGAAAUUCUCAAAAAUAAAAAGUGUGGAUUUUAAUUAUUUUAACACAUGCUAAGCAAUUUUUGGAUCAUUAUCGUGCGACUUAAAUGUCCUUAGUAUCCAGCCCUCCACAAUAAGAAUUUAACACGUUCAAAUGGUUGUCAGCCAUGAAACCGAGAGGUGUGGGCAUCACCAUAUUUGUUCCAUUUUGGGAAACUAGUACUGAAAAUGGAUUUUAAAUGCGAAACGCGUAAUUCUAUGUGGCUCAGUGGUAGAGCGCUAGGGCGUGGAAUCUGAAGGUCAGAGGUUGUAUUUCUUAUAAGGAUUCGGACUUUUUUUCCUUAGUCACCUUUGUGACAUGACGGAAAAAAACAUAUUCCUUCAUUUUGUAUUGUGUACACGAACGUUCAUCAAUGUUAACUUCCAAAUUGUGAUCUUUGUGUUUGACAACAGGGUGGACUUUCUACAACUGAUGAAAUGUGCUUGUCAUUUCUGAUGUAUUAUCCCAAAGUUAACCUCACAAAGUGCGUGUCCGUGGACUACAGCGCUUACCAAUCAUGGGAAACGGCGUAUAACAAGUAAAUUGUUCAAAAGAGACGUUAAGCCUUUCUCCUGGAAAAUUUACAUGUUUAAGUUUGUGACUUGCAUUUGCACUUUUGAUUUGAUAGCAGCCAGGUGUGCAACAUGUUAGGAUUUAAAAUUGUCAUAUGGGCAAUUUUUUUUUUCUCAUGCAGAGAUGGCGAUCAAGCACAACUCAGCUUCUGGACAAACGCAGUCAACAAUGGCUUGAGGGAUGCUUACCAGGGUUCCAAGAAGGCGUUUGCAAUCUGCCAAGCGCGCGCGCAUCUACCAAUACAGGUAAGUUUAAUUACCUUUGGAGGAUUUCUACAUAAUCAUGAUCAUUGCCAUCGUUACCAUUUCAUUUUGAAGUGAGCUCAGUAAAUAUUUAAACAAUUGUUUCUUUGCUUCUUCAAACUGUCAGGCGCACAAAGGAUGGGAAUCAGUUACGUGUCACCCACUAGUUUUUUUAUUCUCGAGGAAACACUGGAAGAUCACUGUAGCCAUUUACAUAUUUUAAUCACGUUGGCUCACAAUUUAUUGAAUAGAUUCUAAGGACAUUUUAAAAGUACAUGAGACGUACGGUCUCGCAUUUCUUUGAAACAUAAAUUUUUACAAGGAAGGGGCAUUUUUGAAACUGCGAUUUAUAAGAUGACUAGGUUCAUAAUGAUAAUAAUCAUGGUCAAAAGUAUGAAAUAUAUACGCUAACCGUGGAAUGUUUUGUGUUUUGAUUUUCCCAAAGGCUCGCGUGUAGACAAUACCCAGAAAAAAAGAGUGGCCCGUGAAAUAUUCCACAGUGUACCACUCGAAAGCGUGAUAUAAUUAGAAUAUAUGACAUCGUCCACCGCACUUCUCUGUGACCGCAUUGCAUUGUAUUAUCCUGUUUUCGUUUUACAGGGCGUUGACAGGGAACAACAUUCAAAGCCAAUAAUCAAUAGUCCCUAUAAACCAGAGGUGGUUUGCCCUUCAGCACGACCGCCAUCAACAAGACCGACGACUUCGAAAAACGUUGCCAUAGACAACAGAGGUGCUACAAGUUACCUACUGCUUCUCUCUACCUACAUAUACCUGGCAGCCUUUGCUGAACUCUAGAUCUCUUGGUACUUUGGCAGAAAAAACUUUGUUACCCGAAUUCGAGUAACAUAUCGCAUAAAGCCAAAUCAAAACGAGAUGACUGUAUUUGACAGCUUUAGAUGAUAUAUACGUAGUGUGCGUUAAUUAGUUCGGGACUGGACUGGUCAACAUUUAACGUCGGGGAGGAGGGGGGAGGAGAGGGAGAGGAUUCUGGUUGUGUCGCAAUAAAAUUUACUGAUCCCGUAAAAGGUUCUGUAACAUUUAUAAUCCCUCUUAUUGGCAGUUAAUAUUGUCAGUCAAUUAUACCCCCACCCCCUUCGCACUAUGUUGGCAACGACUUAUCCUCAAAGAAUCCUCCCUCCCGUCCCCCCCCCCCCAAGUGAUUAAAAGUGACCAGUUCCCUUCAAGUGAUAAAUAGCAGCGUUCAGCAUGUACCAUUUAGCAUUUAGCACUUAGCAUUCAGCAUUCUGCAUGUAGCACUUAGCAUUCAGUAUUUAGUAUUCAGCAUUCAGCAUUCAGCAUUCA